AUGGGCCAUGUGCUGUUGUUCCUGCCCAUCGUGCUGACUGUAGGUAGCUUCUCCAUGCUAAUGGUGAUUGUUUUGACCAUGAGCUUCCUCACCGCAUGGGGUGGUGCGUUGCUACUGAAGAAACCCAUCUGCAACUACUCAGUGUAUGAAGGAAGGUCGUGGGCAGCCAUCAAGAAAGCCUUUACCGACCAACAGCCCAUGGACGACCUCAAG